GAUGUGAGUAAGUUAACAUACAGAUCUAAAAGAUUAUGUCCACGUCAGAAUUCUUUUAUUCGGAGCUUUGGCUUCCUGCCAUGUGUUCAGGCAAUAAAUUGGCUGUAACAGAGCUGCUUCUAGCAUUCUGCUGAGUAGAAGUAUCCCAGCAGAGACAAUAGGAGCCAAAAUAAGGACAGGAAAAAGAGAGGCAACCCAGGUUAUCAGGAUUUCUGAAGUGCUUCUGCAAUGUUGCUCCGCUCAGGCCGCAAAAAGCCCUAUGAAGUGUCUCACCAUGAAAGGCAGUCUGUUAAGACACAAUCUCUGCUGAGAACUGUGAAAACAACUCCUGGAAACUCAGCGUUUAGUUUACGACAAACGCUGAAAUGCUAUAUACUGACUGAAGAUUCAAAAACAGUGCAUUUUGACAUAGAUGAAGACGGCCAUCAUGAAAUAUGCACCAAGGAUUCACAAUCCCAUGAAGAUAUUGCGUGGUUAAGUGUGUUCACAAAGAACGAACCAGCAGUUACUGAUUCUAAAAAUUUGGUGAUCCUCACACAGAGAUCAAAGCUUAAUGAAUUUGUCCUGUUGUGCAAGGGUAAGAAGCAGCUGUCUCUGAAGGUCUUAAAAACAUCCUGUUCAGAGCCAGAUUAUCCUUCAGUGGAAAGAUGCAACAUGAAAACAUGCAAGCAUGAAGAUCCUGACUUCAAACAGCUGAGUGAAGAUAAUAACUUUUUCAUCAUGCAUUACCAAGGAGAUUCAGUGCAGUUCCAGUGCUAUGAAGACAGAAGUUACUACCUGUGUGUGAAUGAUGACUCCCUUGAUAUUCGCAAGCGGGAAAACGAAGAACUCAACGAGGACAAAAAUUUUUACUUUAGGGUGUCAUAUUUACAGGAAAAGUAACUUCCCUCCCUUCCAGUGGCCUAAGUGUCCAUACAGAUAAGAGAAUGAACAUUGAGGUCAACCUAUUUCCAUUUUGGCUUAAUUUUUUACUUUUUUAUAAUUUCUUAAGUCAUUAUUUUGCAUGAAUAACGUCCUUUAUUUCCAUACGUUCAACAGGACAAGAGAAAGGCUAAGUUUGAAAAACAUACUAACUGAUCAGUCUCUUUUUGUCUUACCUGCACAAUUACGGUUUUAUGGAACUGAAUUCUUCUGGAAGGGGAAAAAUACAUAGGGGAUAUUUGAAUACAGGGGAAAAAGGAGGAAGCAUACAUGGAUAUGAAAUACAAACCACUACCUAGUUCUCCA